AUACCAUAGAGUAGUAAAGCUACUGGUUUAGCUUAGCUCGAGAAAAUUUUAUCGCAGUCACAAGCUUGUAUUCACUGAUGUAAGUUAGUGAGAAGAAAUCGGUUGAUAAUAUCCCAGAUUUAGUGACUUAAUAUUUGUGGAAUUAUUAUUUUACAGUACAUUCAUCAUGUCACGAUAUAAAUUAUUAUUUAAAAUAAUUAUUUGUACAUUUUUAACUAUUCAAUCGGGAUUAACGUUGUCUCGAGAUAACUUGUAUCCGUUUACGGGUAGUAAUUUUAAAACAUUGACGACUGAUUCUUCAAUUCAAGUUGAACUUAAAACACCUAUUUCAUUUUAUGAUAAAAUUUAUCACAGCAUUUUCGUAAAUGAAAAUGGGGUAUUGUCAUUUAUACGAUCGAUGCAGAGAUUUUUCAACAUAGCAUUUCCAUUGGAUGAUCCAGUUAUUGCACCUUUGUAUACUCACGUCGACACAAAAGGCUCUGGUAAAAUUUUUUAUGGUGAAACGGACAAUCCUGAAAUUUUGUCACGCGCAGCCAGCAUGGUUCGCUCAGCUUAUAAAAAUAUUACUGAUUUUAUGCCUACUCACGUUUUCUUAACAACCUGGGUUGAUGUUGGUUACUUUAAUGGAAAACACGACAAGGUUAAUACUUAUCAAGUGGCAAUAUCUUCAAAUGGUACCCAUUCAUUUGCUGAAUUACUUUAUCCAAAUGGUGGAAUACAAUGGAUUCAGGGAGAAUCACAUCCAAAUGGUCUUCCAGAUGCCAGAGCUCAAGCUGGAUUUAUGAGUGAAGGAAGAAUGUACACAUUAAAAGGAUCUGGGACAGAUCAAAUUCAAAAUAUCGACAAAUGGUCAAAUAUUAACCGUCCCGGUCAAUGGAUAUUUCAAAUAGGUCCGAUUGCUGACGGAAGAAAUAUUAAAAACCCAGACAACAUUGAAAAAUCAAAUCAACCGAGCGAUCAGACUUGUAUGACUGGAGCAACAACUUGUCACAGUAAAGCCGUCUGCGUUGACUACGAGUAUGGUUAUUGUUGCAAUUGCAAGCCAGGAUACUUUGGUAAUGGAAAAUUCUGUCAGCCUAAUGAUUUGCCACUGAGAGUAAUUGGACGUAUUUCUGGAAAAAUAAACGGAGAAGAAUUUACAGCCCGAGAUCUUCAGUGUUAUGUACAAACUAAAGACGGUAGAACUUAUACAGCUUUGUCGAGAAUACCCGAAAAUAUUGGACAGAAUAUGCAAUUAUUGGGUACACUUGGUGGAAUUAUUGGUUGGCUUUUUGCAAAACCAAUUGGUGAAAUUAAAAAUGGCUAUCAGCUUACUGGUGGCUUAUUUAAUCACUCAGCAGAGUUAAUAUUUGGAAAUACGGGUGACCGUGUAUUGAUAAAAAGUGUUUACAUGGGACUGGAUGUAUUUGGUCAAUUAAAAAUGGAAGCUGAUAUUCAGGGUACAUUGCCUCAAUUACCUCGAGACGCAAAAGUAGAUUACGGUGAUUACGAUGAACUUUACACUCAAAAUCAAAAAGGUACCAUUAGAUCGCACAGCAAUAGAAUUUACAAGUUGGCUGGUGACAAAACAGAGUAUCCAUUUACUUUGGAUCAAUCGAUAAUGUAUCACGAUUGUCCCUAUGAUCCGGAGCAACCUGAUGAAACUACACGGCUUAAAUAUUCCCGUGGAUUAACGACUUAUGAAUCUCGAGAGGGUAUUUUACGUUUUGCAAUAAACACCAAAAUAACAGCCCUGGAGGAACAAGACCCUUGUAUCAGAGGCCGUGAAAGUUGCAGUCAACACAGCUCUUGUGUUGUUGACGGUGAUGAUUUCCGAUGUGUUUGCAAUGCUGGUUAUCAGCAAUUGUAUGAAGAAAAUGGAAGCUCAUCUUGUGUUGAUAUUAAUGAAUGCACUGCUGGUUAUCACGUGUGCUCAUCUGACGCACAGUGUAUUAAUAAUGAGGGUGGACACACUUGUCAAUGUCGUCCUGGAUUUUCAGGCGAUGGAAGAAUCUGUGAAAAAUUAGCGACCUGCCAAGACACACGUUGCGGUGAAUAUGAACAAUGUUCAUUAGUAAAUGAUGUACCAACUUGUUCAUGCGUUCCAGGCUUCAUAAACGAUAGACCUGGUGGUCCUUGUUAUCCAGCUAAUGAUCCUUGUAAUUUGGCAAAUAAUUGCUCACCUCAAGGAGUUUGUACAUACGAUACAGACAAACAAACUCAUAUAUGCAUAUGUUUACCCGGUUACAUUGGUGAUGGAUACAAUUGUUAUGUUCAAUCUCAAGUAACAAGCAUUACCGAAAAACCUAAUUCAACUUCAACGAUGUCUUCUCCACACUGUGAUACCCAAGGAAUGUGUUGGUGUCCGCCCGGGUAUGAAUUCCGUGAUGAUAAUUGUCAUAAAUUAAAUAUACAGCAGAAACCAAAUUCAUCUGAUGAUCUGGUUGCUCAGCCACUUCCAGAAUGCUUGAAGGACAACUGCAUUUGUCCCUGGGGGUAUGAUUACCAACGGCUGGAUGACAGUUGCCUCCCUAGACCAGGAUAUAACUACGAAACGAUGGGUCCCUCAGGAUCCAAAUUAUCAUGUAAUGUUGUCAACACUUGUCAUCCGUACGCUCAAUGUGUAUUUAUAAAAGACACCGAUGAAUACGAGUGCCGCUGUAAUUCCGGAUACGAAGGUGAUGGUAUUGAAUGCGUCAAGACAGAUGUAUCUUGUUUGGAUAUUGAUAUAUGUGACCCUAAUGCAUCUUGUCGACCCGAUGAGCCAAUAGCUAAGUGCGUCUGCAAUCCAGGAUACGAAGGAGAUGGAACAUCGUGCACACUUAUUGAUGAAUGCACCGAUCACUCAGAAUGUGAUACCGACGAGAGAUGUUCAUACAACCCAUCAAAAUCUCGUUAUGAAUGCACUUGCAAUCCAGAAUUUAACAUGGUGAACGGGAGAUGUGUGGCAGCGGAUUGCUCUACCAAUCCUUCGAUGUGCCAUCAAAAUGGACAAUGUAUAAGCCGGGACGGUGGUUAUAAAUGCGUUUGUAUGAAUGGUUUUCACGGUGAUGGAAUUAAUCAAUGUACGGAAGAUCAUAUUGGUUGUAACAUUCUCAAUAACUGCGGAAAUAAUGCAGUUUGCGGUUACAAUCAAACAUCAACUAAUUUUGCAUGUGUCUGCUUGCCUGGAUAUUAUGGCGAUGGAUUCAAUUGUGUACCACAAAUAUCAUGCCUUAAAGAACCAAGUGUAUGUUCACAAGACGCAACAUGCGUUCUUGUUGGUGGCAGUGACUAUGCUUGUGUUUGUAAUCAAGGUUUUGCAGGCGAUGGAUUUAGUUGUAAAUCAAAGCCAAAGUAUCCAGCUAAUUUUUUGCUGGUCAAUCAAGGAAUGGCAACACUUAGAAUUCCGUAUUAUCCGACGCCGGCUAAUCCAGGUAUCCCGAUAAACUUGGCUUACGCUCAAAUGGCAAUAGCCAUUGAUAUUGAUUGUGCUGGUGGUAAUCUUUACACCAGUGAUAUUACUGGUAACAAAAUAACUAAAUUAUCUUACAAUGGGUCGAACGUUGAAACAUUUAUCACCGGUGUUAGUAGUCCAGAAGGUAUUUCUAUUGAUUGGGUAUCACGAAAUAUAUUUUGGACAGAUUCUGGUAAGGGUACCGUUGAAGUUGCUAAUUUAGCUACUAAAAAAAGAAAAGUUAUUAUUUCUGAUGGACUUGUCAAUCCACGAGGAAUUGCCGUUCAUCCUUAUCGAGGAAAAAUAUUUUGGUCCGACUGGAAUCGCGUAAAACCAAAAUUAGAAUGGUCCAAUGAAGACGGUUCCGGAAGGGAAAUAUUUUUAGAUGGCGACAAAGUUCAGUUACCUAAUUCACUGUGUAUUGAUUGGGCGACUGAUGAAUUAUGUUGGACUGAUGCUGGAACAUUUACAAUUAGUUGCACUCCAAUUGACCAAAAGUUGAUACGAACUGUAGCUAAAGAAUUAUCAUAUCCAUUUGGAUUGGCAAUAUCUGAAGAUAAUUACUAUUGGACUGAUUGGAAAACAAACAAAAUAGAAGUAAUAUCAAAAACAACGGGUCUGAAAGAAAAUUCAUUGUCAAUACCACCGGGCGGAAGUGGAAAACUCUAUGGAAUUGUUUCGGUUCCUGAAUCAUGUCCACGAAUAUCAAAUGUCUGCCAAUAUGAAAAUGGAAGAUGUUACAAGGAUCAAUUAUGUUUGCCAGAUGGACAAGGAGGACGAACAUGCGCUUGUGCAGAUGAUACUACUGGACCUUGUACUGAAUCCCGUUAUCCAUCGUAGUUUAUAAUUAAACUAAAUCAAUAUUAAUUUUCUUUUUUAAUAAAUAUUUUAUUGCCUGCGCAUUACAUUAA